UCCAAUCCACGCUGUCAUCCAAUCAAGAAGUUUCGUUGGAAGAACGGAAGGACUUCGUGGAGUACUUUCUUCCCCCAAACUUUCGGGUUUCUAGUAAUUUAUCAUACCUUUCAUCGCGGAUUUCGGUCUACAAAGCGUACGUAUACAGCCGAUCGCACCACGUCCUUCUAAAAAGACAAGUCACCGUGCCAGACACUCUGAGUCCUCGUAGAAACAAGGUAUCGUAAUCCACAGGUGCUGUACGUUCGUACGUUCAUUCAAUCGGUGCUGUCAGGGCACAAGACAGCUGGCUCAACUGACUUUCGUCGAACGAUAUACAUAGUCUCAACGUCGAGUGAGACAUCGGGAGGCUCGAAUUUAGAAUUUCCUGGAACGAAGACGUGGCAUUAGCCAUGAAAACCGGCACCAUAUUUCUCGCUUGCCUGCUGCCGGCUCUCGUCAUUUGCGACGACUACUACAAACUUUUGGGCGUCGAACGCGAUGCCGACGCGCGCGAGAUUCGGCGCGCCUUUAAGAAGAUUGCGCUCACCAUGCAUCCGGACAAGAACCACGGCGACCCGGGCGCCCACGACAAGUUCGUCAAGAUCAACAAAGCCUACGAAGUCCUCAAGGAUCCGGACGUCCGCAAGCGGUACGACACGUACGGCGAAGAGGGCCUCGACAAAGACCAGACCAGCUGGGGCAGGCAGUACCACAGUUGGAACUACUACCACGAGAAGUUCGGCAUCUACGACGACGACCUCGAGAUCGUAACGCUGAGCCGAAACGACUUCCAGAGUUCCGUCCUCGACUCCGCGGACAUAUGGUUCGUUAACUAUUACUCCCCUCAGUGCUCGCACUGUCACCACCUGGCGCCUAACUGGCGAGCCCUCGCGCAAUCCUUCGAAGGAGUCAUCAGGAUCGGGGCAGUGAACUGCGAGGAAGACUGGCAGCUGUGCAGGCAGGAAGGCAUCCAAGCUUUUCCAACACUCCUCUUCUACCCGGAUAGGGAGAAGUACACGGGACACAGGGGACUGGAAGACCUAAAGGCAGCUGUGCUGAAGAGACUGCCAGACCUCCACGUGGACAUCGCCGAUACGGGUCUUCUUGAACCGGAAGCCCGUUCGCUGCUUAGGUCUGUCGUGGUCCUGGCUUGCGAGAGCUCGGGGAACUGCUUGCCUCCCGACGAAGUCAAGAAACUGGCUGUGGCUACCGAUGGGCUGGCGCACGUCUCCAGCGUCGACUGCGAGAAGGAGCCGUCGACUUGCAAAAAAGCCGGCGUGAAAGACGGGGCAUACUUCUUCGAGUCGAUCGCCGGCAAGACGAAACCACCCGUCAAGAUUGGGGGGAGUGAUGCGGUUGAACUGCGCAAAGCAGUCCUUAGAGAGCUCCCAGGCUUCGAAACAAUCACCUUACAGAAGUUUGACAAGCUGAUGGCAGAGUUGAGCAGCAACGACGAAGCGGAACCGUGGUUCCUUCACUUUGGAAACAGCGACCAGUCAGAAGGCUCACUGGAGCUGGAGCUGAAGCACAUCAGGGGCUACGUACAAUCGGUCCGACUGGGCUACGUCGACUGCAGCUCCGAGCGAGACGUCUGCCGUCGCCUGUCGGUCUCGAAGACACCCCUGUUCUUGGUCCUCCGGCCGGGAGCGGAAUACGAAGUGUAUCACGGUCGCACUAACGCUCGGGACCUUGCUUCUUUCCUCCGGGAGAGCGUUGGAGGUCGGCUGGAGACACUGACUGCCUCUACCUUCACGGCAAAGGUGACCCGCGGCGAAUCGCCGUGGCUGGUGGACUUUUUUGCACCGUGGUGCCCCCCGUGCAUGCGCACGCUUCCAGAACUGCGGAAGACAUCGCGUUCCUUCAAUGCUGUCCGUUUCGGCACGGUCGACUGCACCGUCCACGCGUCUGUGUGCAAGGACAACAUGGUCGGCUCCUACCCGACACUCGUCCUAUUCCACAACGGCACGACGACCAUCCUCUCUGGGUUCAAGACGGCGCUCGAGAUCCGAGAGUUUGUGGAGAUAGCGCUGGAUCCCAAGGUCGUGUUUCUCACCCCGGACUCCUUCGAGGAACUUGUGGAACGCAAAAAGGAAGACGAUGUCUGGGCCGUCGACUUCUUCGCGCCCUGGUGCGGCCACUGCCGCCAGCUGGCCCCGGAGUGGAACAAGUUCGCCAAGAUGGUCGCCGACGACCCCAACCUCCACGUGGGACAGGUGGACUGCGCCGCGCAUCGUGACUUCUGCGCGAAACAGGGGGUCCGCUCGUACCCGACCCUCCGCGCCUACCCCCGUGGCCCGUUCAACGCGCGCCACGUCUCCACGUUCGACGGGUGGUCCCGGGACGCAGCCUCCUUCCGGGAGUGGGCGACGCGGUUUCUGCCAAGCAGCGUCGAGGAACUCGACCACUCUGACUUUUUUGGGUCCGUCCUCACCGACCGGGAGCCGUGGGUGGUGGACUUCUAUGCGCCGUGGUGCGGACACUGCGUCGCCUUCCGGCCGGUCGUUGAGGCUGUCGCAAAGAAGAUGGAGGGGAAGGUGAAGUUUGGCGCGGUGAACUGCGAGGAACACUGGCAGGCGUGCGACGCAGCCGAGGUUCAUCGCUACCCGACGGUUGUGUUCUACGGCGGUGCAGUGGGUGGCAAAGCACAGGGGCCGAGGGGCGCCGUCGUCCAGGGGGGACGGGAGGCCGUCCUGUUGGAAGUGGUCGAGCGGAUGUUGAAGCCGCGGUCUAGGUCCAAAAGGGUGGGCGACGAACUGUAAUGGUGUCUCGUCUAGUGGCCCUACUGCGGUCGCAGACAAAGUGGAAACGGCAGGGAGGAGGUUCGGUGGCCUCAUCUGCAGCGUGAGCUUCCUACCUGCAACAACGCUUCGGCAUCUUGAGCACGUGUGCGUGCAGCCAAAGGCCAAGCAUUUGAGGCACGCCCUGCCAUUCUCAUUCUGUCGACUGCCAUACCAGCCACCGUUCUUGUUGCAGGGAGUGGCGAAGGUCUUUUGACAUGGUGCAGCCAAAUGCUCGCGGAAUCUCUCUCUUGUCGGGGUGAUCCCAGCAUGUUGAAAUGCCACGAAACAAAUGCAUUGUUUUUUUUUAGCCUGGACCAACUUUGACCGAGGCUUUAUUUAAAACACUUUACUUUACUGUUCAGUUGAUUCUAAAUUAUCUCCAGAAUCUUUGAAGCGACCAAACCAGUUGAUGUUCUGGUGCUGUGCAAGUUGUUAGUUUUAUUUAGUUUCCAGCGUGCAUUUCUCGUACAUCUCGUCACAAGUGCAACUAUGAGCUAGUCCUUAUUUGUGGUUGACAGGAACCGUACGUCCUAUCCAGUCGUUUGUCGCACACGCUAGUUUUAAAGCCUUUCACAAAUGCCCUCCUUUGUGUCGAGGAUUGGAGGCUUUUUCCUCUAACAAAUUUACCCCUAAGUUAUGGCUUCUCAUUGCUCAUUGCAUGUGUUGUUCUAUGGGACAUGAUUUUCAUUUUGUACUUAGUCAUGUACUUUAGUAGUGGAGCUGAAAGGAAAAGCUUUGGUUCUUUUAUUGGUAAUGCUUGUUUUUGUAUGCUUUACAAUUGUUGACUAGUAUAACUAGAAAUGAAGGCCUAAGUUGCAUUGCAUUUCACUUCCUAUGUGGCCUAGUAAUGUUUGCUACCAUUGCAUCAUUCCUUUGAGAUUACUUUCAUAGGUGCAAGCUCUGUUUUGUCAUGCUCUUAUGUCGUCUAUGGACUUUUGUCCUUGUUUCACUUUCGUUUUUUCAUUUAUGGACUUUUGCAAUAUGUACUUGAAAAGGUUUUAUACUAAAGAAAUCAUUGUUGCAAGCUUCAAUAUACAAAUAAAUAUGCCUAUAUUGUGCAAA